AUGGCCCCCACCGUCAAAGUCGGCGACACCGUCCCGUCCGGCACCUUUGCCUACAUCGCCUACACGCCCGACCUCGACGCGCACUCCGCGUGCGGUUUCCCGACGAAGCUGUCCACGGACGACUGGAGGGGCAAGAAGGUCGUCCUCUUCUCCGUCCCGGGGGCGUUCACCCCCACCUGCCACGUCAACCACCUCCCGCCGUACCUCGACAAGUACGACCAGUUCAAGGCCAAGGGCGUCGACGUCAUCGCCGUCAUCGCGGCCAACGACGCGUUCGUGAUGAGCGGCUGGGCGCGCAUGAUGGGGCUCAAGGACAAGAUUCUCGCGCUCUCCGACGGGGACGCCAAGUGGUCCAAGUCCCUCGGUCUCGACAAGGAUCUCUCCGCGAUCGGCUUUGGCACGCGCACGGACCGGUACGCGAUCGUGCUCGACGACCUCAAGGUCACAUACGUCGAGGUCGAGCCGGGAUCCGAGGUGUCGGUCUCUGGUGCGGAUGCCGUCCUGGCGCAUCUGUGA